AUGACAACCUCCCAAAAGCACCGAGACUUCGUGGCAGAGCCCAUGGGAGAGAAGCCGGUGGGGAGCCUGGCCGGCAUCGGUGAAGUACUGGGCAAGAAGCUAGAAGAGAGGGGCUUUGACAAGGCGUACGUGGUCCUCGGCCAGUUCCUGGUGCUAAAGAAGGAUGAAGACCUCUUCCGGGAAUGGCUCAAGGACACGUGCGGAGCCAACGCCAAGCAGUCCCGGGACUGCUUUGGGUGCCUCCGAGAGUGGUGCGACGCCUUCUUGUGA